GACCUUACCUGUUCUCAAAGUGAAUGUUGUUUACUAGUAGUUGUUGGUUAAGUAUAUACCUAUUUAUGUAUUUACUAAUAAUAGACCUUUAAAGAUUAUUAAAUUGAGAUCCUCGUGUGUUUUCACCUUACAGGUUUAUUGACAGUAAUAAUAGUUGUUGACAAUAAACUUUAUCUAUGCAAAGAACUAAAGCAUAGAUAAGAACUAGUGGACAGUAUCUGGUUUUGUUACAAUGGAACUUCAUCAAGAACCUGAGUUUCACAUAAAUAAUCAUUCUGAGUUAUGUGAAUUGAAGGUAAUUGAUAACUUCAUUCACAAUUUUGAGUUGUCAUAUGGAAUUCAUCAUGUGGCAUUUGCACAAAAACCUUUUCACCAAGUGCUUCUGGAAAAUAUUUUUUCACCAUCUGAAACAUGGCGAGUUAUAGCGCUCUAUUUACAUCAUGACAAUGACCCAUUUGCACAAAACUGGUGCAAGCAACUUGCAUCAGAAGAGACUAUUACAAUAUUGGAACAAUGCUUUUGUGUCUUGCCAUGGGACAUUACUGAUCAUUCAAGUCAUGAAUCUCUCCAAGAAACAUUGUCAAAAUAUUUGAAGCAUUCCUUCAAUAAUUUUAAGCACCAAAAGUCUGGUGUAAUAUUUAUUUUACAACUAAAUGGUAUUCCUUCUGUCGUAUCAAUCCUUCAAGGAAAUGAUUCCUCUGAAGAUAUUUUACAUACCUUAAAGGAAAUCAGAGAAAUUUUGAAGACAGAAUCUGCAAGUUUUCAGCAAGAAUGUAACAAGCAUGAAGAAAGUCCAUCAAACGUUGGAUCAUACAGAUUCCAACAAAACAUGUUUGAAUUGUUAGGAGAUCGAGAUUAUGACUGCUUUGAUUAUAAUCAAAUGGAUGAACUUAAAAAGAAAAUUGGUUUUGCAUUAUUUGGAGCCCCUCCGGAAAUUGGUUAUUCUAAAAAAGAACUUAAUCAGAUUGGUAGUAUUUUCAACAAUAUUAUUAAAGAAAACAAAAAUGCCAGGUAUAAAGAUCAAGUUAUUAUUGCCUUUAUAUUUAAUUGCACUGAGCCACUGCCACAAGAAAAACAUCAAAAAAUGAAUAACCCUGGUUACAGUCCAGAUGCUGAUAUAGGAGCGGUACCUAUUUUUGUAUUAAAAAAAUGCUAUUCUAAAUGUGAUCAUGGCUGUCGUAUAUUUAUUGACCAUGAAGGCAGAAUUUAUACAAGUUGGACUCAAUAUAUAGAUAAUAAUAGAUUGGGUAAAUGCAUGAUGGUUUUACCCAAAAACGGUCGGUAUAGGGUUGCUAAAAAUGGGACUGUAUUAUUGAAGAAACAUUACUCACCAGCCUGUAAAAUGGGUGCUAAAGUAGCUAGAAUUACUGAUAUUUCUGCUAGUGGAAUAGGCCUUGUAUCUGGAGGUAUUCUAGCAGCAGCUGCUGUCCCUGCUGUUACAUUAGCUCCACUUGCUGUAACUGGUGCUGUGGUGGCUGGUGCUACGGCAGGUGCAAUUUCAAUUAUUCGAAGCACCAUAUCACUUAUCGAUAUGAAGAAACAUAAACAGGAUAUGAAUGUAAUACGUAGUAAAGAAGCCAGGGGUGCCGCUCUAAAUAUUGCAGCUGGAAGUGUAGGAGUUCUUGGAACUGGAGCUACCGCUGUUUUAUCAAAAGUAGUAUCAAGAGGGGUAAACGUCGGAAAAGUAGGCCAAGGAGUUGUAAAUACAUUAAAUACAACAAAUUUAGCAAUAGGAGCAGCAGCUCUUGGAAACUCUAUGCAUCAUGUCUACUUUAGUUGGAAAGAUGGUGAUACAAUAUCAUCGUUAACAAUUCUUCAGCUAGUUACAUCAUCUUUAUUCUUUGCAAACUCUGUUUAUUCUUUUAAAUCCGCGACAACAAUCAUAGAAGAAAACCAACCAGGUGUCCUAGAUCAAAUGAAAAGUAUACUGCUGGGCAGUAAUCGCAGAAAAAUAUCCCUUGAAAUGCACAAGGAUACGAUUCGAAUAAAUGGUGGCAACAAACAGGCAGGUAGUGCUGAAGUUAUAUCAACUAUCCGUAACAUACCCAACAAAAAUGAAGUUUUUGAAAUCCUUAAGGCCAAUAAUAAAUUAUUCAAUAAGAAUGGCGUCAGGUUUUCUGUGUUAGGAUCAAAGAUACUGUUCAAUGAUAAAGCUUUAAGCUUGGGAUCGUUUGACAUCCUAUCAAAACCCCAAAGGUUAGAAAUUCUUUCAGAAAUGCCGACUACUCUUGUUCCACAACAAGCUUCUCCCUGUUCUUUGUCGAUUGAUAUUUUUAAUAGGUUUAAUCAGGCAGAUAUUUUAAAGUUAACAUCUUUUGGCAUUCGUCUAUAUACGCAUUCUACAUCAUUUAAUCAUGCAUUGCAAAUCACAUUACAAGAAUUUUCUGAAUGUA